GGUUUCCCAGUGAUCUUCCACGGGGUGAUGGGGAAAGACGAGCGAGAGGCAAACAGUCCGUCCUUCUUCAACGUGUCUGAGAUUGAAGUCCUGGUCGACUACCUCACCAAGCUGAUGGAAACACAAGGAAAGAAGGGGCUCCCCAAACUCUCCGCAAAAGACAUUGGCAUCAUCGCCCCCUACAGAAAACAGGUGGAGAAAAUCCAAAAGGCCCUGAAGUCUGUCUCAGCUCUGAGCCGAUGGAACGAUGUCAAAGAGCUCAAGGUGGGAUCAGUAGAGGAGUUUCAGGGACAAGAGAGAAAGAUCAUCAUGGUCUCUACCGUCCGCAGCAGCAUCAGCUACAUCAAGAUGGACAAAGACUUCAACAUUGGAUUCCUGUCAAAUGAGAAGAGAUUCAACGUGGCUUUGACCAGAGCCAGAUCCCUGCUGAUAGUUGUGGGAAACCCUGUGAUCCUCAACAAGGACCCCACUUGGGAAAA